UCCCUCAUUAUUCACUAAUCUCUCUAUGCAUAAUCUAAUCUCUCUCUCCCUCUCUCUCUCUCUCCAAUCCACAUUGGAUUUCACCAUGGCUUUCUAUACACACAAAUCUACACUCUCUUCCAGUUGAUGCUCACAAAAAAUUAUAGAGAGAGAAACUGAGGUAUAUCUAUCUUAUCUAUCUCUAGAGAGAUUUUCUAUAAAUUUCCAGAGAAAAUCAAGGAUUUUGGUGUUAUACUUGUCUGUUUGGUGUAGUUGAGAGAGAUAGAUAGCAAUGGUGAUGACUAGUUCCAGAGUGAAGUUCUAGGGUUUGCUGUGUUGUUCUUGAUUGAAUGCUUUGCAUACUGUAGAAUUGAGCGCUCCAACUGUCUGGUUAUGAUGGAACGAGAUUUGAACUAUAUAUGGUAAUCUAAUUCUAGGUUUUGGUAUAGAGAUAGAUAUCCAAAAACAAAAAUUGAAUUUGAAUUUGAAAAGGAAAAAAAAAAUUAUUUUAAAAUACACACAAUGAUGUCGUCGGGAAUAAAUUUAGUGAUGACUGUGAUUGGAUUUGCGGUGAGUACCAUGUUCAUCGUUUUCGUCUGCACGCGUCUCAUUUGUGCUCGGAUUCAAUUGUAUGCUUCCAGGCGGGCCUUUCCAACAUCUUCUAGAUCUGAUCUUAGUAUACUGGAACGGGGUAUACAUGGUCUUGAGCAUCUUGUCGUAACCAACUUUCCGACAAAGAAAUACAGUGAUGUGUUUUUUUCCUCUUCGGAAGAUGCUCAGUGCACGGUUUGCCUUGGUGAAUAUCACCAGGAAGAUAUAUUGCGUAUCCUUCCUUUUUGUGGGCACUCCUUUCAUGCAGCCUGCAUCGACAAAUGGCUGCAGCAGCACUCAACAUGCCCGGUUUGUAGAAUUUCAUUGCGUGAGUUUCCUGAGAAAAAGUGCAUGCCACCAAUGUUCAGUUCAGCUAUCCAAUCUCAUUAUGGCAUGGAGUCCCUCGACACAAAUUCUUGUCACUGUUUAUCGGCCAACCCCGGCCUUUCAUCAAGAUCGCUUGUUGACCAUAGGAUGGAACCCAUCCAAGAGAGUCCGUUUGCAUCUCAGAAUCGUGGAUUUGAAGCCGGAGAGAGCAUCUCCAUCUUGAUUGAGGGUAGUCAGACCGCAAAAGAUUCGGGAAACAAACAUGUGGAGAGCCCAUCUAAUACAUAAAUUCUUUGAAUCCAAACUGCAAGAUUGAGAAUUUCGGAUUGCUGCAAGAUUGAAAAUGGGUGCAUUUUAAAAGUUUGAACUGAAUUCACCAAGAUUGUGAUUGUUUUCCCUAGUGGUUGGUUGUACAUAUGGCACCGCAAUUUUUUUCCCCUUUUUAUAUUUUAUUAUUUGUUUAUUUUUCUGUUCUUUUUCUAUUAGAGAGCUGGGUUUUGAGCAGUUUUGUUAAUUCAGUUAUAUAAACCUGGGUAGCUGUAGUUCUCUCUCUCUCUCUCUCUCUCUCUCAUGCACACAAACAAACACGUGCAUUUGAGCUCAUCCUUGAAGCUCCCCCACGGACUUGCUUGUAGAAAUUGUUGUAGUUAUCUUUCUGUGCAUUGGUUGAAUUA